GGUGUUUCAAGUCAGUUACAGAUGUAAUCCUUUGCCAUAGUGGAUGUCACAGCUCAGUUUCAUUUUGUUUGAUCUUUUCCCUUCCAGUCUGCCAGCACUGAGACACCACAUAUUUAUGGAUACUGCUGCUCAGGAUCUGAUUUUCCUUUCAAUUGUCUUCUCCUGUUUAAUCAUGCCACAGCAGUCCUCCUCCCCACUUCCGUGUGAACAUUCAAGGUAUUUUUAUCACAACUGCAUGAAAACAAGCCACUUGGGUACUGAAGUAGCUGAAAUGAGAAAAAGGCAGCAGUCACAAAAUGAAGGAACAUCUGCUGUGUCUCAAGCGCCUGGAAACCAAAGGCCCAACAACACAUGUUGCUUUUGUUGGUGCUGUUGUUGCAGCUGCUCAUGCCUCACUGUUAGGAAUGAAGAUAGAGGGGACAAUGCAGGAAGGCCAACACAUACAACCAAAAUGGAGAGUAUCCAGGUCAUAGAGGAAUGCCAAAACCCUACUGCAGAUGAAAUUAUGUCUUGGGCUCAGAAUUUUGACAAGAUGAUGAAAACACCAGCUGGUAGGAACCUUUUCAGAGAGUUUCUUCGAACGGAGUACAGCGAAGAGAACUUGCUUUUCUGGCUUGCGUGUGAAGACCUAAAGAAGGAACAGAACAAGAAAGUUAUUGAAGAAAAGGCGAGGCUUAUAUAUGAAGAUUAUAUUUCUAUACUUUCACCAAAAGAGGUUAGUCUUGAUUCUCGGGUGCGAGAAGUGAUCAACAGAAACUUGUUGGAUCCCAGUCCUCACAUGUAUGAAGAUGCCCAACUUCAGAUAUACACCUUAAUGCACAGAGACUCUUUCCCAAGGUUUUUGAACUCUCAGAUGUACAAGUCUCUCAUUGAAAGUACUGUAGGCUCUACUUCUGAAACUUAG